AUGUCUCUACCAACCUACGCCCUACCCACCGUCUCCUCAUCAAGACGUGCUCCUCUGAAAAAGUUUCUGGGAAACCGUAGUCCAGUGUCUGCCCAAAAGGCUAGGUCUGUCCCACGAGCUACAAUCGAUAGGAACUACACAGUCCGUAAACCACCUGUGCCAAGAAGACCAAACACGGACACUAAGAUAAUUGAGACUUUAAAGAAUGAGCAACGGAUUUCCAAACAGAAGUAUGCUGACUCCAUUUCUGAAAUCAAGAAUGAAAUCGCCAAUUUCAAGCAAGAGACUAGUCAAAUGGUGAAUGCGUACCAAGACUUGAGAUUGAAGUUGGAUGUGCUUGCAAAGGCAAAUGAAGAGAAGGAGGCCAUAGUUGUUGCAACAAGGGAAGAGAAUACUAGAAUCGUCAAUGAGUUGACUCAAAUGGAGCAAAAAGUGACUCAAUACGAGCAAGUAAAAAUCAAACAGCAAGAGGAAACAGAAAGACUUGAACAAGAAUUGCAAAAUACUCAGCGUAAAGUGUCGGACGAGAAGGAGCAAAAUCAGAAAUUAGUGGAUCGUAUCAGACAGUUGAAUAUUGAGAUUGCCGAGGAUAAAAAGUUGUUGGCAAGCAACGAUUUCGACAUUGGACAAAUUCAAAAAGAGUUGGCACAAAAGGAGAAGGAGAUUGCGCAGAAGGACUCGGAAAUUGAAAGGUCUAAGGGAUUAGAGCAAGAAUUGUCUGAUUUGAAACAAGCACACCAACUUGAGGCGGACACUACUUCCUCACAAUUGUCAACUUUGAAAGCCGAUAAUUCAGCAAAACAAAUCAAGAUUGAUAAUUUAAACAGUGUUGUUAUGUCUCUCGAUCAAGAGGUUCAAGAGUUGAACAAUGCAAAACAAGCAUUGCAAGAUCAAUUGAAAUCCAAUCACGAAGCUGCUAUUGCAAAGCAGCAAGAGCUCCAAUCUGAGAAGGAGGAUUUGUCAAACAAGUUGGAAUCGAAAACUCAUCAAUUGAAAACCAAGAUUGAAACCAUUUCACAAUUGGAAAAGACAGUUAGUGACUCCAAGGAACAGUACAAGCAAUUACAAGAUCAAUUCGCAAAGAAACAAGAACAUUACAGAAAUAAGAUCUCAGAAUUGAAAAGAUCGCACGAAUUGGCUAUUGCUGGAAAAGAUGCCGAGAUCAGGAAAUUGAAGUCUUCCCCCACCAAACUCGGGUUGAGUGACGACUUAAAUGGUAAUUUGUUCAAUGAACGGUCUUCACCUUGGUUCAAUCCGAAUGAAAUAUUUAAUGAUUCGGUUGUGGAAACCAAAUCUCCUGAAAGGUCCCCAAAUAAAAACUCUGGCAAGUCUGAUAAGCACAAAUCGAGAAGUGCAACUCCGAAACAUACUCCAACAAAGAAUGUCUUACAACCAUCAAGCCAGUACAAUUCCGUGCCCUUAUCCUCUGGGAAAAUCAAGAAAAAGAGUGGCUCUAAUAAGUCGUCACCUUUGAAAUCAAUUAAAGCUUAG